AUGGGGGUCGGUGGGUGCUUAGCCCUGCCCCGGCGGUGCCUCGCCGCCCUCUGUCUCAGGCUGCUCUUCCUUGUGCCCGCAGGAGUGCCCGUGCGCAGCGGAGAUGCCGCCUUCCCCAAAGCCAUGGACAACGUGACGGUGCGGCAGGGCGAGAGCGCCACGCUCAGGUGUACCGUGGACGACAGGGUGACACGGGUCGCGUGGUUGAACCGCAGCACCAUCCUCUAUGCUGGCAAUGACAAGUGGUCUAUAGACAACCGCGUGGUCAUCCUCUCCAACACCAAAACCCAGUACAGCAUCAAGAUCCAUAACGUGGACGUGUACGACGAAGGCCCCUACACCUGCUCCGUGCAGACAGACAAUCACCCCAAGACGUCGCGCGUCCAUCUCAUCGUGCAAGUUCCUCCCCAGAUCGUCAACAUCUCGUCAGACAUCACGGUGAACGAAGGCAGCAGCGUGACCCUCAUGUGCCUGGCCUUCGGGAGGCCGGAGCCCACCGUGACCUGGCGGCAUCUCUCCGGCAAAGGGCCCGGCUUCGUCAGCGAGGACGAGUACCUGGAGAUCACGGGCAUCACGCGGGAGCAGUCCGGGGAGUACGAGUGCAGCGCCGUCAACGACGUGGCCGUCCCCGAUGUGCGGAAAGUGAAAGUCACCGUGAACUACCCGCCGUUCAUCUCCAACGCCAAGAACACGGGCGCCUCGGUGGGCCAGAAGGGCAUCCUGCAGUGUGAAGCCUCGGCCGUGCCCGUGGCGGACUUUCAGUGGUUCAAGGAGGACACCAGAUUAGCGAACGGCCUGGACGGGGUGCGAAUCGAGAACAAAGGGCGCAUGUCGACGCUGACCUUCUUCAAUGUGUCUGAGAAGGACUACGGCAACUACACGUGUGUGGCCACGAACAAGCUGGGCAACACCAAUGCCAGCAUCAUCUUGUACGGGCCCGGAGCAGUGCACGACGGCGGCAACGCGGCGUCCCGGGCAGCGGCCUGCCUCUGGCUCUGGGGAGCCCUCCUCGCUCGCCUCCUGCUCAACUUUUGA